CCCGGCUCAGACCGAGGCUCACUCGGCCGGGGAGAGGGUGGCAGGAGCAGUGGACCGAGGGGUAGGGGUUGGGGUGCAGGGAGGGCCUCGGGUCUUGGGCUGGGGGUGCAGGGCUGGGAGGAGGGCGGGGGCGCCAGGCGGCUCCGGGGAGCCCAGGGACAUGGCACUGCCCGACGAUGAGGAGGGGACAACGGUGGCGAACGGGCACCCGCCCGCGAACGGAUACCUCCCGGUCCCGGGGGACGCGCCCGCUGGAAAGGUGAGCGCGGAGACGCAGAACGGGCCCAAAGCCGGCUGCCUGGCCCUGAAUGGGGUCUCUCGGGACAGCCCCAAGGCCGCCUCGGGAGCCCUGGACGGGCCGAAGACUCCGCUGGCCCCGGAGGAGGAGACCCAGGCCCGGCUGCUGCCCAAGGACCCCGGCGAGGAGACGCCGGCGGUCGAGGGCACCCUGGUGCCCCGGACGGCGCUCUCCGCGCGGCGCUUUUUGGUGCUACUGAUCUUCAGCCUGUACUCGCUGGUGAACGCGUUUCAGUGGAUCCAGUACAGCAUCAUCAGCAACGUUUUCGAGAGCUUCUACAACGUCUCCUCGCUGCACAUUGACUGGCUGUCCAUGGUGUACAUGCUGGCCUACGUGCCCCUCAUCUUCCCGGCCACCUGGCUGCUGGAUACCAGAGGCCUGCGGCUCACCGCCCUGCUGGGCUCCGGCCUCAACUGCCUGGGCGCCUGGAUCAAGUGCGGCAGCGUGCAGCAGCAUCUCUUCUGGGUCACCAUGUUGGGCCAGUGCCUGUGCUCUGUGGCCCAGGUGUUCAUCCUCGGCUUGCCCUCCCACAUCGCUUCAGUGUGGUUUGGGCCCAAGGAGGUGUCCACAGCUUGCGCCACCGCCGUGCUAGGUAAUCAGCUUGGAACUGCAGUUGGCUUUUUGCUGCCACCAGUUUUAGUGCCGAACACACAGAAUAACACACAACUGCUGGCUUGUAAUAUCAGUACCAUGUUUUAUGGAACUUCAGCUGUCGCCACACUUUUAUUUAUUUUAACGGUAAUUGGCCACUCCAGCAAAGCACUGCUGCCACCACUCGUCCCCGAGUCCUCUCGUCCGGGCCUGUCUCUUGAAGCAGUCAGUCAAAAUCAGCUGCAAGCAGCCAUCAUCAGUUUGGAAGAAGCAUUCAAAGAAAAACCUCAGUAUCCACCAAGCCAGGCUCAAGCAGUUCUCCAAGACAGUCCGCCUGGAGAGUAUUCCUAUGUGAAAUCAAUAAGGAACCUAUUUAAAAAUAUUCCUUUUGUCCUUCUAUUGAUCACUUAUGGUAUCAUGACUGGAGCAUUUUAUUCUGUCUCAACAUUAUUAAAUCAAAUUAUACUGACAUACUAUGAGGGAGAAGAAGUGAAUGCUGGAAGGAUUGGGCUAACACUAGUAUUAGCUGGAAUGGUGGGCUCUAUUCUUUGUGGUUUAUGGCUGGAUUAUACCAAAACAUACAAACAUACUACUUUGACAGUUUACAUUUUGUCUUUUGUUGGAAUGGUUAUAUUUACUUUCACACUAAACCUUGGACACAUUAUCAUCGUGUUUGUCACUGGAGGGUUGCUUGGUUUCUUCAUGACUGGUUACCUCCCCUUGGGUUUUGAAUUUGCUGUUGAAAUCACUUACCCUGAGUCUGAAGGUACUUCAUCUGGUCUUCUUAAUGCUGCUGCACAGAUAUUUGGAAUUUUAUUCACGUUGGCGCAAGGAAAGCUCACAUCAGACUAUGGUCCUAGGACAGGGAACGUUUUCCUCUGUGUUUGGAUGUUUCUAGGCAUCACUUUAACAGCAUUAAUCAAGUCCGAUCUGAAAAGACACAAUAUAAAUAAAGGAAUUACAAAUGGCGAUAUUAAAGCUGUACCAGUUGAUAGCCCCACAGAUGAAGAAUCAAAAACUAUUCUGAUGUCCAAGCAAUCAGAAUCAGCAAUUUGAGGUGAAAGGAAAAGUUAAUAUCAUGUGAUAAUUGAGUAAUAAAGCUUAGUUUAUAGGUUGUGGGUAAUGGACACUUACUUGAAAAUUAUUGUAUGACUCCUGUAUGCAGGUACUGUUCUUACUUGUUAAUUUAAGCAAUAUUUUGCUUAAAAUACUUUUGUUUACAUCAUUUUAACACUACCAUUUAUCUAAUGAGUGUCCCAUCUUAUAUUAUUGACCUAAAAGUAAGCUUCUUGACAUUUGGUUUUCAAAAGUAAAUGUUCUUUUUGUAGAAAAUGGAAGCUUAGAAGGCUUUCUAAAAUGAUAAUAUGGAGGUCCAAUCCCUUCAAGUCACAUAGGAGUACAUGCAAUUUGUUUAUAUAAAACUAUCCAGUGGAACCAAGUGUACAAUGUAUUCCUAAUUAUCUCCCUUUCCAUUGUUCAGACCAGCUGUCCAAGCCCCCUAAGUGUGAAUACAGUCUACGAAUAUGACACUUCUAACCCACCAAAUGACACUAUUGGGAUGAGACUUCCAUAUGACCUCUUAAGAUUUUUCCCAUUUCUUACAUUCUUGUUAGAAAAUGCUUUGUAACAGGUACUGUCAGUGGCCAUAAAAACUUUCCGGUGUGCAGACGGAACCCAUAACUUUGGUCUUAGGCAUAUGUUCUCAUUAAGCGAAGUAGCCCAGACACAGACUCAUUACCUUGAGUUCUUCUUUGUGCUGCCUUCCCAUUCAUCAUAAGAAUGCUAACACUAUAUUUUUCACUCCAACUUGAUAUAGAGUAGUUUUGUAUCCACUACCUUUUUUUACUCUUUUUUUUCUUCAAUAUAUAACUUUCUAGUAAGAAAAUGUCAUCCUAUGUGUUACUGGCUUUUUCAUGAUUUUUUUGUAUCACACCUUAUACUUUUGCCUUGAGGAUUCCUGAGAUAAGGAAAUCUGUAAUAACUUCAGGUAGCCUAGGUAUUCCCAUUUAGUGGAGACCUCUUGAGAUGCUGUCUGUUCUAAUUCAGCAAAUCAUUCUUUAUGGAGUCUGUAUCAUUCUUUGAGGAGUCCUUUGCCCAGGUCUGCGCCCCCUCCACGUGUUGGGGGAGUGGGCUUUUUGCUUCACCACAGAAUGUGCAUAGGCUCCGAACUGCCGGGACAGUCUGCUCUUCUACACGCUCAGGGUAAGGAGAAUAGGACCAAAUGCAUUUCCACAGUGCCUACCACUGUGUUUUGUUUACAGUGAGAAUCUCAGUGUUGUUCAUGUCCUGGCUCUCUAAGCGGAUAGGGAAUAUCUUUAGAGUAAUGGCAUUUAAACAGCCGUAAUAUUUAUAUUAUGUCCACAUAAACACAAAAAAGCCAAUCAGGUAUUCCCUUGAAUAUACUUGAAGUGAAUUAGCAAUUCUGAUUUGGGUGUAUUAUAUGCAUCGCUUUAUACUGAAAUGAUAACAUUGUCUGUAACCAAACGACAGUAAAUUAUGUGGAAUCUUACCCUGGAGAAUGUGUUAUCAGAAGAACUUAGCUGGAAAUCAGGAACUUCAGGUCUAUGUCCUGGUUCUGUUUCUAGCUUCCCUGUAAAUCAGGCAGCACUUUCCUCAUCCGUAUAAGGAAUGUGUAAAAUUUGAUCUCAGAGAUCUUUUUUGAAUUUUAAAUGCACUCAUCGGGGGAUAGACCAAAUCAUUGUACCACAGGAACUUAAAUCUAGCUGGAGAAAAAUUACCUGGACAGUUGAAUAAACAACUGUGGUUAUUACCUUGUAGAUACAGGGAACUUAAAAUCUGUUUUUAGAACACCCCUGGUGGCGCAGUGUUUAAGAAUCUGCCUGCCAAGGCAGGGGACACGGGUUCAAGCCCUGGUCCGGGAAGAUCCCACAUCCUGCAGAGCAUCUAAGCCCGUGCGCCACAACUACUGAGCCUCUGCUCUAGAGCCCGCAAGCUGCAACUACUGAGCCCGCGAGCCACAACUACUGAAACCCAUGCACCUAGAGCCUGUGUCUGCAACAAGAGAAGCCACCACAAUGAGAAGCCUGUGCACCACAAUGCAGAGUAGCCCCCGCUCACCACAACUAGAGAAAGCCCUCACACAGCAACGAAGACCUAACGCAGCCAAAAAUAAAUUAAUUUUAAAAAAUGCAUGACAAAAUUUUUAAAAAAUAAAAUCAAAUCUGCUUUUAUCCUUUUUGUUCAGUUGGUGAUAGCUCAGGCAGAAUAUGCUGAAUCAUUAACUUCCUUAGAUAUUUACAUCACAGAUUUUAUGGCCAAAAAUAUAUUUUAACGUCCCUCCUCUAAAUAAUUGUUUUUACUUUUAAACUGUCAAUGUUAUUUCAAAUAAUCAUGUACUUGUCAAGUUCCUGAGGUUUGAACAAAUUACAGAUAAAAGUUGGAAUAUUUUAUUUCUGAAAAGCAUAUAUACAUAUAUGUCAUGUGUAUUUUUCCUUGUUGAUUAGAAAAAGAAUGAAAUAUGAUAUGACAAAACAAAAUGAAUUGAUAAUUUUUCUGUAUUUUGAAUUAAAUUUGUCUGUAAUAUAUCAAACAAGAAUGUCAUGUAAUUCUAUGUCAUAUCUUUGGAAUAUGGAGUUGGUGACUAUCACUUGUGUAAAUUUUAAUCAAGUGAUUUUAGAAAGAAACUGGAUGCUUUCAGAAGCUCUUGUAUUUAUAAAUGUUGCAAAUAUAGCUUUUGCCUUUUGUGAAUGUUGGAGAAAUGUCUUUAAAAAUGUGUUUUAAAAAUAUGUGUAAACAUAGAGUAUUGCCAGAAGAAUUCCUGUCUGUCUUAAGUCAUUUUUCAUGUUCUAAUUUUUGCCCUUUGUACUAUUUAGCUGUAUGCUUGUUCUUCAGUUAUUUCAGACUUGAGAUAAAUUUA